AUGUUCGGUGUGCUUUUCACCCAUGUGCUCCUAUUCCCUGACACAUCUCUCAAUCAACAUAUUUCCUCUCUCCGGUCUCCCGACGCCCUUCUCUCUUCGCAAACCUAUUCGCGGUCUCGCGAAGGCGUCUUCUUCGGCACCCCCGGCAACCUCGGAAACGCCCGUGGCGUUGCCUUCACCUUUCUUACGCCCACAAUACACUUCUUUCUUCUGUCAAUCUCUUCCGCCUCUUCCCCCUGCCCGUGCAUCCAUUCCCACAGCCACGCCUUGUGCACACCUUCCAGCUUCCCGCCCAGCCUUCUCAUGGCCUCCUUCGCGGCGGCGAUCUCCUCGGCGCCCGCCGGCACGCACAGUUCACAGCAAACACGCAUUUCCGCCAACGACCGUGCCACGGCCGCGUCAUACCGCCCCCGAUGCAUCUUACUCUGCCCGAUCUCCUCUGCCCUCCCCCACACGGACGUGACGUUGCGCAGGGCUCGCGCUCCACAAUGUCGUGGAAGCGUGUCUUCUUGCGCGCGGCCUCGAGCAGCGUGA